AGGAGAGUGGACGGACGUGGAAGAGUAAACUUGUAAGAGAGAGAGAGUGAGUGAGAGAGAGUGGUUAGAAAAAGAGAUGAAAUAUUCUCUUUAGUUUUCAUGGUUUUUGGUGUUUUCCUUUGAAACCAAACAAGCUAAACCAGAUCUCUGUAAGAAGAGUCCGAAUCUUAAGACUAUUCUUUUGUUUUUCCGGGAUUUAUGUUUCAAAUAUGUUUGGGGUUUUCUUGUUCCUUUUGGCAUAAUCCCAUGCUUGAGAUCUGAAUAAUACCAAGAUUUUUCUGUUUGUGUUCGGAGAACUCUCUCGCUUCUUUUCCUCUUCUUUGUACUAUACUGUUGUUUUCUAAGUAAAAUCUUCAUCUACAACCAAGUACUUUCUGAUUUGAUCAUAGGCAAAUGAUGUCUGGUGACAUGUUUUCAAUUCCAUCUUCCAUCAAAGGCUUUCCUCAUCAUGAACCUGAUCCUCCAAACCCUAACCCUAAACCCACCACAAAUUCAGCUCUCAAAAAGAAGAGAAACCAGCCAGGAACACCAGAUCCAGAUGCAGAGGUGAUUGCUCUGUCACCGAAAACUCUAAUGGCGACGAACCGAUUUAUCUGUGAAAUCUGCAACAAAGGAUUCCAAAGAGACCAGAACUUGCAGCUUCACAGACGAGGUCACAACCUUCCGUGGAAGCUGAAGCAAAGGACUAACAAGGAGGUGAAGAAGAAGGUGUACAUAUGCCCGGAGAAGACGUGCGUUCACCACGACCCUUCUCGGGCUCUCGGUGACCUCACCGGAAUCAAGAAGCAUUUUAGCAGAAAGCAUGGCGAGAAGAAGUGGAAGUGUGAGAAGUGCUCCAAGAAAUACGCAGUUCAAUCUGACUGGAAAGCUCAUUCCAAGACUUGUGGGACUAGAGAGUACAAAUGUGACUGUGGCACUCUAUUUUCCAGAAAGGAUAGUUUUAUUACCCACAGAGCUUUCUGUGAUGCCUUAGCUGAAGAGAGUGCUAGAUUUAGUUCAGUAGCAGCAACCAAUUUGAACUUCAAGAAUGAUGUUAUGAAUGAGACUAUGAUAAACCCUCAAUCUGAUUUGUCACAUGGAUUAACUUGCCAUUCUGGAAUUUCCCAAUUUGGCACAAAUUUUCGACCCGAUUUCGGAGUUAUGGCUUGUGGGAACACUCUAAGUGGUGAGCAACAGAAGCCCAUAUUAUCAUUGUGGCUUAAUCAAUCAAAUUCUCAGCUUAACCCCAUUGAAAUGGCACCUAAUUCGAAUCCCUACGUGUCGUCGGGCUCUACCUCAACCGGUUUUCCUGAUCAUAUGGUGCAAAUGGAAUCCAGCAAUGUGUUUGGCUCAUCCUCAAUGGCCAAUUUUGCCAACAUUUCUAAUCAGUUGUUCAACAAGAAUUUCCCUCUAUCAACAACAUCUCCAAAUCUCUCCUUAUCUCCAUUGCUUCAAGCACGAAAAGAUGAAGCUGGAUUGCUCAACAAAGGAAAUAUGGUAGAAACCCUAUCUCCUUUGUACUCUGGCAAUCAAAACAUUCACAACCAUCAAUCCGAUUCAACAUCAUCCAUGUCGGCCACAGCACUCUUGCAGAAGGCAGCUCAGAUUGGUUCAACUCGAAGCAGCCCAUCACCAUUUUUGGGCAACAUGAGUACUCUACAUGAAGUGAUGAACUCUUCUUCUUCCUCCAAUGCAUCAAGUUUCAAUGCUCGGAACAGAAGUGAAUUGAACCACAUUUUUCAUAGACAGCCGGAGAACGUCCCAACAACAAGGGCGGGAGGACUUGUACCUUUCAGCGACUCAAUAAUGGGUAGUUCAAAUUUGAGCUCAUUAACAAGCACUACAUCAAGCAAUCUUGAUCAUCAUCAUCAUCAAAUUAUGAUGCAAACUAGUUUAACACAAACCGAAUCCGUAGUCCCAGGAAAGUUGCAUCCAGGUGGUUCGAAUAUUGGGGCCAAACAUGGUCUAACUAGGGACUUCUUGGGCAUGGGAGGUGAAGAGCUAGCAAAGUUUGCUUCAAUGAAUUCGGCCAUGGGUUUGAGCCAUUUCACCAGCAACCAGACUCCUUUGUGAACACCAAUAUACAAAUGUGUUCGGAUUUGAAGUUUAUCUGUACUUCAAACCUUUGAAUAGGGUUCGAGAGGUGGAAUUUUACUUGUACGAAGUGUGACAUACACUCAUUGUCAAUGUUGUGAUGAUUCAGUCCAGUGCAGCAAGGAGUACAUUAUAGGCCACUGUUUACUCUCAUGCGGUGAUCACUGUUUUGUGUGAUGAAAUUAGGGGUAAAAUGGUAAAUGGGAGAGGUUGAUAAUGAGGGUUGGAGAGAGAGAGAAAGAGUGUGUGGGGUCCAGUGGAUGUUGGAGGUGGACUGAACAAGAAGUGACUGGGAAUCGUGCAUGUUGUUGUUUGUUUGUUUAUAUUUGUGUCUCUGCUCUGUGCUUGGUCUCUCUCACUCUUUCUUAUCUUUACAGUGAGUGUACGUACGUAGGUAAUAAGUCUAGUAUUUUUCUUUUUAACCAAAGCACAGAAAACUACGAGAUCGAUCCGUUGACCGUCCGUCAAAAUAAUCCGGCGAUCUUGUCAACGUUGGUGGGUUACUUUAUUUAUAAUUUGAUUACUAGUUACUGCUUA